AUGCACCAUCCUUUCUGUCACCUCCGUUUCUGUUCCCGUGCCUUCGCCCAGAUCAAGCGCUACCAACCCUCCCAGGACGCUCUGGGGGAGGCGAAGGCCUCGGAGGUGCUUCUCGAGAACGUCAAGGCUAUCCUGCACGAGUUCGGCCUGCGCCCAUCGGACCUCGCGUCGGGUACUACGGACAGUGGAUCGGAGGUCAAGUCUUCCAACUUCAAGGCUAAGUUCGACGACCUUCAGGUGGACGUGUUGGGCGAGGUCUUGAAGAUCCCCGACCAAGCUCCUCAACGGUGGCUCACCCUGGUUCGCACAUUGGAGCGCGUCGUCCGCUUGUGGCGCGUCCUGAGGAAGCUCUACAGCGACACGGGGAAAACGUUUCCACUCGAAGAGGGGGACGACAAGGACUGCAUCCUUCAGCUCUACUCGCUGCUGCAGCCGUUUCCCUCCGUCACGCGUGAUGGUCAGUACGGGGGUGCGCCAAUGCUGGCGGACAUCUACAUGAAGUUUGGCAUGCUGAAGAUGCGAGUGCUGCACCCGUCGGAGGAACUCAAAGUCUUCGACGUUCCGCCGCUUGGAGAAGACGGCCUCCCGGAGGAACAGAAGAAAGCUCUGCCGCAGAAGAUGGUAGCACACGACGACUUGCACCCCGUGGCACAGAAGGCGCGCAACAAACUCUGCCGCGCGCUCGUGACGAGAUUCUACGGUCGUGUGUGGGACACAUCUACCCUGGACCCCUCGGUGUUGUGCGAUGCUGCCUGCCUCCUGACACCGCCUUUCAGUGAAGGGAACUACCUUUCCGCGAUGAAGCUUACAGCAGAGGGGUGCGAGUACUUGCCCACCGGGUCGUGCGUGACGGCCCCUACGCCGGACGAAGAGGUGCAAAAGAAGCUGGAUGGAGCUUGGGCCGAAAUCAAGAAACGAGCCGUCGCAGCCGUGAAGACAGCGCAGAGUAGGGCCGCGGGUGGCGGUGAGGGCGGGGGGAAACGUCCUCUAAAGCGCGCCCGCACUAGCGCCGCGGGCUCAUCUCGUCGCAAGAAUCGCGAGGACGCCUUCGCAAGUUUCGGUCGCAACGAAGUCGACCCCCAAAGCAGAGAAGGAGAUGUGGACUUGGUGGAGAAGGAGGUCUCGAGCGAGAUCAUGCGGUACAAAGGAGUCUUCAUGUAGUCAACCGACGUGAGUACGACAAAGACUAGACUAUUGUACGUGUGCGUGCUACUGUUUGGAAUUUUCAUUGUUAUUUUUGUCCAUGUGUUGUCGCACGCUGCGAAUUUGAACAACACUAACAACACAAAUCCUCCCGAUCCUGCGGCCCUUCCGUGUCCUUCACCCUUCCAGUUGCCGCCCAGCGAAGCCCUCAACUACUGGAAGGUCAAAGGGAAACAUUCAUUCCCACGAUUGGCCGUCGGUGAUCGGUCCUGUGGGAACAAUGCUCCGUCCUCUCGAGGACGCGUGGUCAAUGGUCUAACCGCUAAGGCAUGCAAAACAUAAGAGUGCGCCCCCNCCCCCCUCACUCAAGUAUGUGGCACAGCAAACAUUCGGCAGUCAAGCCUCUGCCGCGAGAGAGACUUCAGCCACUGCGGCCUUUUCUGUGGAGGGAACCGCAGCCGAGUAGACGAGUACUGGCUGGAAAUCGUGAUGUUCCUCAAAGUAAACUACUCGUUUAUUCCCGAGUACAAGGACAUCCUCAACAUCGACGGGAAGGACAUAAGGAAGUGCCUCCCUGCAAAGUUCAGCGGAAAAAUGACGAUCUCUUCAAAGCAGAGACGGCGCUUGACCCGCUGUCAAACACCACGCCCCCUACGGAGGAUGUCAUUGGCGUGGGCGAGGAUGGGUAGAUGGGUAGUUGCUUGGUAGUCUGAUCUGAAUUUUUUACGAUCAGUUGAAGACGAGGAUUGAGGAUUUAGGGUGCUUCAUGCAUAUGCAUAUUCAUAUUGCAAGUACGGCUCUCGGUACUGUACUAGGCGCAAGGGUACCUUCAGUAGGGCUCUCCAUACUGUACUAAAUAAGCGCAAUAUACAGCUUUCCAUACUGUGUCCACGGACUCAUUCUGACAGCACUUCAGACAGCAGCUGCAUGCCCCGAGCUUGUGUACCAUGCACCAUGGUGUUAUUCUUGUACAGACAGCACUUCAGAGAGCAGUACGCUGUAGUCGACAAACAUUCAUUUUGGUUGAAUGCGAGACAAGGGGGGUGAUGCUGCUGCUGCAGUCGAAUUGUAGUGUAUGGGCGUGUAGUUCAGUUGUGAGCAUGCAAACGUGCUGCAGGGAUGGUAGGUGUACCUCCUCGGGCUUGUGUACCCUUUCCUUGCAAACAGUGUGUGUGUGAUCUUUAGAUCUUCUGAUGGCUCUAGCAUUUUUGUGACCACGGACCGAGUCUUCGCUAGAUUUUGGAAUUAGCAACUG